CAAUGGGGAACCGAUGGGGGGGCCGGCGAGGGGGGCUUAAGGGGGUCGCCGCCCGUGUUCCCUUGGGGCAGGCCUGAACUGAGGACUGGGGCCAGGGGCGCGAUUUUCCGGGGCUCCUCGCCUGCGGCGCCCCCUCCUCAGCUCCCCGAGCGCUCCCCUCCCCCGGGGCCCGCGCCCGGCCGGGAUGCAGGGUGCACGGGGAUGCGCGGAUAUGCGCGGGGAUGUGCGAGGAUGCGCGGCGCUGCAGGCGCGGCCCAGGGCCCCUCGGGGGUCGCGUCACCGAGCAGGCGAAGCCGGGAGCUGGAACGUCGCUGCCUCCCGCCCUGGGAGUACCAGCCCCCCUUCCCCAGCCAAGACCUCCCCACUGCGCGCGCCGGCCCCCUGCAGGAGCCGGGGGUGGGGUCCCUAAGCACCCCGCGCUCUCACCGCCUUCUCCGCUGUGCUGCCUCCUUCGCCGCCGCCGCUUCAGCACCGCCGCCUCCUGGGCUCCCCCCAGAGUGGGAGGGAACCGCGGUCCCGCCUCCGCGCCCUUUCCCUUCCAGGCCCGGCAGCCACGGCACGCCGGGGCGCUGGGCUUUCCGCGCGCGGACAGACUGCCCCGCCGACCGACGGACGCACGCGCCGGCUCUGGAAGCCGGGAUCCCGCUGGUGGGAGGCGGCCCCGGCCGCGCUCCGGGGAGGGGCGUUGGAGGGGGCGGAGAAGGAGGAAGGGGAGGAGACAGACCGGGCCCCGAAGCGCCGCCGGCGCUGACACGCGAGUCCCCGGGACGCCCCAAAUCCUCGGCUAGGCCCAUGUGGGACCCCGGGAGGUCUCCUGACCCCAUGCAGGAAGCCAGGCUUGGAGUGAGGUGUCUGUGGGUCGCCUGCUUGAAUCGUCGUCGUCUUCACAUUCCAGCUGCCCAGUCCCAGGGCCUGGAACCCAAUAGGUGCUCAAUAAAUGAAUGGAUGAUUAUGAGCCAGAGACCGCCCAGAGGAAGAUCUGAGAGCACUCGAGGAAGGGGAUCUGGGGACCCCAGUCUGGGGAAAUGACUCUUUCAAGGUCACAUGGAAAUUUAGCAGCAAGUUAGAAAGAAGAACCCGUGACUCUGGACUGUAUAAUGCUAUUUAAGUUCUGACUCAGUCUCACUUCCUCCAGGAAGCCUUCCGUGAACUCAUUCCCAUCUUCCUGUAUGUUCCUUUGCCCCUACCUUGAUGUGAGAGCCUGUAUCACAAUGAGGCACUUCUGUGUUGUCCCUGCUGGAGUGAAAUACCCAUGAGAUGAGGAGCUGUGUCUUAUCUGUCUUGUGUGGUGUGGUUAUCAUUUAUAGAGUGUUAUGUGCCAGGCACUUACAUAAUAUUACUCUUUACAAUUGCCCCCAAAGGUGGGGAAUAUUGUGCUCAUUCUACAGACGGGAAAAAACAAAAACAAAAACAAAAACAAAACCAACAACCUCCCAAAGCUCAAGAAGCUAAGUCAUUUGCCCAAGUUCCCACAGGGAGUAAAUAGCAAAGUUGGGGUUUGAAUCUCAAACCCUUUUGCAACUCCCACAGGACCAUGUUGCCUCUGUGUUUGUUGAGCGACUAAUGAAUGACAUCCAGCUGAGGAUCUGGUGCAGUGGCCCCUCUCCACUGGGCUGUGGAAAAUCUGAAAGUGCAAAAGCCUGGAUCCCGGCAAACCGUAGGAGAAAGGGGUUUCAAGGAGGGGAAAGGAAUUUGGCCUUUAAGGAGCCAACCAUCCACUGGGGAGAUGGCUCAGACACCAGUGGAGAAGCCAACAGAACAAAAGCAAUCACAAACGCUUUUAUUAAAAAAAUCUGCCUGUAUGUGUUACAUCCCUAGAAAAAGAAUCCCCGGAUUUUCUCUUCUGUGUGUUUUCAUCUUGCUUCCUCGUGGCUACGAUACUAGCUGAGAUCGUCAGCACAAUGAUUCUGCCCCUUUUCUGGGUCUUUGAGCUACACAUCACAUUUCAGGCUGAUCGCGCUGAGUUAACCUGCAUGCGAGGUUCGCAGCGAUGUCCUCGUUCUGUGAUAACAAGGAUUGCAAAUUCUCCCGCAUAACCACGCUUCACCGUCGCUGUUAGGAACCAGGGAGCAGAACAGAAAGGAACUUGUGGUUUGCCUCUUUUCUUAGCAUCGUUGGUGCUCUUGAGAACAUCGGCCAGGAGCCUGAUUCAUUCGUUCAUGGGCAAUAUGGCAGCAUGGGAAGGUGGCAGGAAAUCAACUCAGUUUUUAAUUCUUUCCAUCAUUUAUUCAUCUGUUCAUCUGUCACUCCAUCUCCCCAUCACCCCUUCAUCCCUCCAUCAUUUAUACAGCUCAUUCCCUCGUUCCCUGCCUCCCUUUCCUCCUUCUUUCUGUCCUCCUCCCCACCUAUCCCUCUGUCCAUUGAUCUGCUCAUCUCUCUGUCCAUCCGUCUCUUCCAAAAUAUUCGCCCCCGCCUACGUGCCAGCCACAGGGCUACGUGCUGAGACGCAGGCAUAGCCAACACAGAAUGGGCCCCUGCUCUCCCACAUCUCAGAGUCUAGUGCGAAGGUGAGACAUCCAAGUGCCCAGUGAGAUCCCAAGAUUUCCCAAGAGUCAUGAAGGAGAAGUUCGGGGUAUCGUGAGGCUCUCUAACAGGGGUCCUACCAGGUCUCGGAGUCAGGGAGAGCUUCUCAGAGGAUGUGACAUUUCAGCUACCGCCUGAAGGAUUCAGAGUCUUCAUGUGGUUAAGUGGGGUAGGAGGCAGAGCAGAGAGGACACGGAGGUGCAAAGGCCCAGGGGUGUGAAAGAGUUUAGUGUGGGUGGGUUGCAAUGUGUUUUUUAGAGCAAUAGGGACAAGAGGGGGUAAGAUGAAGUAGCAGUGACUGUGCAGGGCCUUGUAAGUCCCGGCAUGGUUGGGGGAUUUUUAUCCGAAGGGCCAUAAAGGGUUAUGGGAGGAGAAGUUUUAUCCUCAGAAACUCAGAUUUUUGGGGGGUGCCUGGGUGGCUUAGUCGUUAAAUGUCUGCCUUCAGCUCAGGUCAUGAUCC